AUCUGAUAACUGAUAAGAAAUUAAUCAUUUAUAUCUAUUAUCUGCUCGAUUGCUUUUGAAUUCAAAAUAUAUAUAUAUAGAGAGAGAGUCACGUUGGAAUGUCUAUUGUUUUGAAGAGAUAAAAAUAUUGUAAUAGAAGAAUUAGCAUAAUAGGGUAGAAAGUCGCCCUGCUUCAUAGUUUUCCUUAGAAAUCUUAGUUAGGCUCUUCUAGGGCAAAUAGCGAGACGCUCCUCUUCCUCUCUGUACCCUUCACCAACAUUACACCCACGUGUACAUUCGUCGAGGGCACAGAGAACCUAUCGUGUGUGGUGCACAAUGACCUAUUGUUGACUCAUUAAUUGAACAGCGACACGUGUUUUUUACAAUUAAAGAAAAGCAUCGUGACACGCGCGUGUAUUUUGAUCCCUGAUAGUAUUAUGGACAUUGGCGUAACUGUGGUCCCUCGAGCGAAUCAAUGAUCUGGAACAAAAAGGAACGUUUUGUACAGGUGAAAGUCGAGAGGAUAAAGGGGUCAAUUCGCUAUAAACGUCGAAGACGAGGACACUCAUGAUUAAGUUUCAUUUGAAAAAAAGACAAGUGUACAGGUCCUCGUUGAUUGAGCACAAAAUACACGCAUUAUUGAUUACUUAGGCAAAUCAUCAGUACUAAUUACUUUUAUAAACAAAGUUCGGUAGUUACAUUUCCAAUUAACUAAUUGGCGAUAACGAAAGUGUGUAUCGUGAUCAUAGCUACAGCUUGGUUACGCAAAAGUAGACAUUGAAAGACUGCUAGAAAUGUGUAAAGGUAUUGCCUCUGAUAGCGAAUAAUUCCUUUCAUUGAUUUUCAUUUGAUCACUUCACUCUCUUGAAAUAUGUCAUCAUUUCAAGUAUCCUAAGUUUUUUAAAUGUCACAGAAAUAAAUUCCCUUUCCAACUGGAAAACCGCAUGAGGUGAUAAGUAAAAUCUGACUUAUCGCUUAUUCCUUGAACAUGUACAUAGUGAAAACUGGUCCGGAAACCGUGCGAUAUAUUCAAUAAUGUUGGUGGAGAAAAUAGGUUAUGCAGCGAUCAUAUAUUGGGGAUACAAAUUCUCUCGUAACACGUUGUACAAAGUGUACAAUAACUUUUUCUCCACUUCAUGCGUCGACUUAUACUCGAUGGGUAAAUGGGCAGUGGUCACAGGAUGUUCCCAUGGGAUAGGAAGAGCGUAUGUCGAGGCUCUAGCAAGAAUAGGGUUAAACAUAAUUCUUGUCAGCCCUGACACGGAGAAUUUAAAGGCGAUCGCUAGCAAUAUCGAGACGAUGUACAACGUGAAAACGAAAGUGAUCAAGUUGGAUCUAUCGGAAGGUCUGGAAACGUACAACGCUAUUGAGAAAGAGAUGUACGGUUUGGAGAUCGGCGUAUUGGUCAAUAACCUUGGUAUGUCGUAUCCGCAUCCGGAAUAUUUUCUCAAUCUUCCUCACAAAGAGAAGAUCUACAUGAGCAUCAUACAUUGCAACGUGGUCGUCGUGACGAACAUGUGUCGCAUCUUGCUGCCUCAAAUGGUGGUCAGAGGGAAAGGAGUGAUCGUAAACGUUGCCUCGAUGGUCGCUGUACUGCCGAGUCCUCUUCUCACUGUAUUUGCAGCCACGAAGGCGUACAUCGUGAAAUUCAGUAAAGAUUUACAGAUCGAAUAUGCUAAACAUGGUAUAAUUGUACAGUGUUUGUUACCUGGUACCGUAACUAAUCAUAAGACAGACUCGCCAAGAUCAGGGUGGAUGGUACCAACGCCUGAGAAAUAUGUACAAAGCGCUAUUAAAACGAUAGGCAAGGAGAAUGUGACAACAGGUUUCUUGCAACACUCCAUUCUAGUCAGGAUAAUUAAAUUGAUUUAUCGAGUAUCACCUAACUCUAUCAUCGUUUGGAUGAUCAACAUCAUGGAAGGGAAUCGGAAUAUCGCCUUGCGGCGUUACAUCGGAUGAUUUUGU